GUUUAGGGUUGUCAUUCGAUGCGUUCUUUGCAUGGCCAAAGUGGCCUUAUUGCGUUGUAGUAAAUUACCUGCACCCGGCGUUGUAGACAAAUUGCUUCAUUUCCUCGGCUUCUUCUCCACCUCCUCCAGCCUCUACUUCUUUGGCUCUCUUUCCCUCCUCUUUCCUCUCGUCCUACGCCAACAAAGCUCGUGACUAUGACGGCGACGACUUCUGACGCUAUGGAGGAGGAUCCGGCGCCGUCUUCUGAUAUGACGGAGGAGGAGGGGGGCGACCCGGCGCCGACUUCUGAUACGAUGGAGGAGGAGCCGGCGCCGAGUUCGGAUCCGGCGGGGUACGGUGCUCCGCCGGUGAGCGCGAUACAGCUGCUUCCGGAGGACGCGCUCCACAACGUGCUCCUCCGCCUGACGCUCCGCGAGGCGGUGGCCUCACGGGCGGUGUCCCGACUCUUCCGCGACGCCUUGUCGUCGCCCCCCUUCUUAUCCCUCCUCCCCUCUCUCCGCCUCCUCCUCCUCCGCCACCCUCGGCCCCCCACCUCCUCCUCCUCCUCCUCCUCCGCCGCCGCCGCCGCCGCCGCCUCCCUCCACGCCUUCGACCCCUCCCGCCGCCGAUGGCUCCGGAUCCCCCUCUCCUUCCUCCCCUUCCCCUCCUUCUCCCCCGUCGCCUCCUCCCCCUCCCUCCUCUACCUGUGGGUGGAUCCCCUCUCCGGCGGCGGCGGCGGCGGCGGCGGCGGUCACCCUCCCAAAUCGCUCGUGGCGUGCAACCCGCUGGCGCGAUCGUACCGCGUGCUGCCGCCACUCGGAUCCGCGUGGUCGCGGCACGGCACCGUCCUCGCCGGCCCCCGCGGCACCGCGAUCGUGCUCACCGAGCUCGCCGCGCUCACCUACGCCCCCGGCCGCGCGGAUCGGUGGCUCAAGUACCCGCUAACCCUGCCCUCGAAGCCCCGGAGCCCGAUCCUCGCCGCCGACUCCAUCUUCGCCCUCUGCGACGUCGGCACCCCGUGGCGGAGCCAGUGGAAGCUCUUCUUCUGCCCCCUCUCCGCCCUCGGCGGCGUCGGCGGCGGCGGCUCCGGAUCCGGCCGGUGGGCCCCGCUCGAGCGGCACGUGUGGGGGGACGUGUUCGAGGUCCUGAAGCGGCCGCGUCUGCUCCCCGGGGCCGGCGGCCGGAGCGUGCUCAUGAUCGGGGGCCUGCGGGCGUCCUUCGCCGUCGACGCGCCCUGCUCGACGGUUCUGAUCCUGCGGCUGGAUCUGGCCACGAUGGAGUGGGACGAGGCCGGGAGGAUGCCGCCGGAGAUGUACCGGUGCUUCACCGGCGCUGGAGAGGCCGGGAUCGGGGCCGCGAUGGCGGUGGCGGCGGGGAACAACAAGGUGAAGGUGUUUGGAGGGGACGGCAGAGUCUGGUUUUCGGGGAAGAGGGUGAGAGGGAAGCUGGCGAUGUGGGAGGAGGCGGAGGCUGAGGCUGAGGCUGAGGCGGAGGCGGAGGAAGAGGGAGAGCCCGGAAAAGUAGGGUCUGGCUUGUGGAGUUGGGUGGAAGGAUUGUCGGGAUACAGUGAGGGAGUGUACAGAGGAUUCGUCUUCGAUGCAGGAUUCACGGCCAUGCCCUAGAUCAUUGUUCCGUUCGAAUUUGGCGCUCUUCAUACUUGAGCAGGAUGGGUGGCGAGAGAACUAGUCCAAAUUCCGAACACAUUGACAACAAUCUUCAGAGGUAUUUGCGAAAAACCCGUAAGAGAUACAUAAUGAACAUUUACCCCCAGAUGCAAUUGAUAGUGCAAUGGAUUUAAUUAGUAGCUUGAUUGCGUGCACGAUUGAUGAUCCGUGUAACAAUUUUAAUCGCCUUAAAUUAUUGAGACAAACAACCAUGUGAAUCUCCUUAAAUUAUUGAGACAAACAACCAUGUUGUUUAAUUUAUAUUAAGACAAAACGCUGUUCAAUGUCUGAUGUACAUUAGUUGAAUUGUAUUUGACUUUUUACGAAACUUUUGUUAUGUUUAGUGACAAAAAUAGCAAACCAUAUAGCAUUGGUGACUGAAUGUUAUUGGUAUUUGAUCAA